AUGACAUCGGGUCUCCCAAACACCGACAUGGAAUUGUCGGAACUAAAGUGCAUCGUCUCCAAAUUCGACACACUGUCCGACUACUCUGACAGCGAGACCGAGAUCUUCAAGCACCCCGACCCAAGAAAUCUCCAGAGUCUGCUCCGGCCAUGCCUCAAAAGGCCGUCGCAGCAGACAUCAUCCAGCCCGACAACGCCGAGCGCGAAGGACGGUGUUGCCGCCGAAUGCCGCAAGACGGCACGGUUUGCAGCGGCGCACCUGCUGGCAAGAUGUCUCGUCACGGGCAGGGUCGUGCCGACGCGCGAGGAAGAGCGCGCCGCCGCGAUCGACGGGGACGGGCUCGACGCGGGCGGCGGGGAUCGUCGGAGGCAGCAGAGGAGACAGAAGCGGGCAAGGCAGCGGGCCGGCCAAAAGCAACACGGCGGUGGCGGCAACCUCCUGGAUGACGAGCUAGCUUUUCACCAGGAUAUAGGCGGCAAGUCGGAUCAUCAAUCUUCUUGCCGUUCGAAAACAGCACCGACGACUCCUCGGCGGUCGACCUUGAAAGAAGCCGCCAGCACCAAGGGCGAAGCCGCCACAGACUUUGAACCAGAAACUGUCGGGCCAAAAGACGAUAACCUGCCUACUGACACGGGAGAAGAAAGCGCAUCGGCAGAGGACCCGGAGGAGCUGGCUCUGGACGAGACUUUAAUCGAGGCCUGUCGGAACGCCGCGGUUAAUUCGGGGGACACCGCGCCGCUGCGGAGCAUCAAGAAGUUUGCCUGGCAGAGGAGAUGGGCCGGGUCUCGGGAUGCGAACCGCCUGGGUCUGAACAGUUAG